AUGUUUGAACCUAAAAAAAUUGUUAAAUAAAUUUAAUCAUCAAUUAUCUUAAAAAAGUAUGAAAAAUUAUCAUAAAUUUUUCAUUUUUCAUAAUAUUAAAAUUUAAUUAUAAAGAAAGAGAAAAAUAUUUUAUAUAUAUAUANUACUUUUAAAUUUUAAGUUUUAACAAGAAUUUAGUUUUUUUAUAUCAAAUAUUUAAAAUAGUUCCCAUAAUGUAUGUUCAAACUUCUUCAUAUCAGAUACUUUUAAUGAUUUGAUAAGGAUCAGAACAUUAAGUUUCUAAAGCAAAAAAAAAUUUCGCCUAAAAAGUAUUUCCACUAAAAAUUGAAAAAUAACCAAUAUAAGGUCAAAUUGAAAGCAACAUUAAAAUCCUUAAAGAGUUAAAUAAGAUAGAAGGAAUUCUAAAUUUAAUAGAACAUGGAAAGGCUGCAUACUAUAAGUAUGAGUAAUUUAAUCAAUUUAGAGGAUUUCUUAUGAUGCCAUAACUAAAUUUUAUCUUACAUAUUUAGUUAAAGCUUAAAAUUUUUCUUCAUCUUGUACUCUGACUAUCGGGUUAAGUAUCAUUUAAACAUUAGAUUAAUUACAUUAUAAAAAUCUUACAUCUUGAUGUUAAACCAGAUAAUAUUAUGGUUACAAAAACAAUAGUAAAAUAUUUAAAAAAAUAAUCACUAAAGCCUGGAAUCAUCUAACUUAUUGAUUUUGGCUUUUCCAAAACUAUAGAUAAUAUAAAAUAUUUACAAAAUGUAUUAGUUGGUUCUUUAAAUUUUGCAAGCAGAGCAUCAUAUCAAGGAGAGAACUUAGGUUGA